AUGCGUUAUUAUGUCUGCUUAUUGUUAUUAACUUCUCAAGGUCUUGGCCAAUGGUGUCAACUGUAUUCUUCCGGUUUAACGCGAGCAAAACGCGUGUUUUUUGAUGAAUUCAAUGUUCUUAAAACGUAUCAGCCAAGAGCUCGAACUAUGGGUUAUUUAUUUAUGCCAGAGCCUCCCACGCCAGUGCCUGAAUGCCAACGCUCUCAAGAAAGUAAUCAAAGUAACAAUGAACGUAAUGUUUUCUUGCAGACGAGAGAUGCACAUUAUGCAAAUGAAUAUGCAUAUGUACAAAAAGUUAAUCGGGAGUUAGAAUCGAAUAGAAAAUUAAUUGCAAAUUCACGUGAAAUACUGACAGAACAUCCGAAAAUUGAGGGACCUGUUUUGAUAGAAUUUCGAGCACAAUCUGAAGAAGAUGACGACGACUAUUCUCUAUGA